CGCUCCAACGUUAUUUAUUUUAUUACAUUUGUUACACGUGUUUCAUUUCGCGUAGACAUAUCCGCGGUACAUCGCGCGUCAUGUGCACCAAAUUGUGAUUUCGGACGAAAAUAACAUUUAAAAUAAAUAAUAAAAUUAUUAAUGAAAAUAAAUAUGGAACAUCGUGAACACGUUUUGUCGACCAAAAAUGAUUUUUUCGGAAAAAUUUUGUCAAACUAGCCGCAACUAAAAGUUUAUCUGUAUCGGUUGUUCGUUUCAUUAUUAUAAUUUAUCACAAACUAAUGCAGUUGGGACGUUUUCAGUUCGUAUGUUUUAGUUGUUUUUAUUUACAAAUGUUUCUGUAACAUAACUGACACUCGUUAGACAGACCAUCGGAAGAAUGGCGUUGGCAUCUUCGGUGAGCUUAUAUUACUCCAUAGUACAACGAGCUGCGAGGCACUACUUGGAAGACUACUGUCACACGGAUACGACAGCGCCCUACGUGCUCUAUAAAGAUGGCGUGGAACGCGCGCCUCCUGGAACACAGUGGGGUGGAGCGGUAUUGGAUGGAGGUUAUCAGGCGAUGCAACACCAAAGCCCUGGGGGUCCUUCCCCUCAGCCGGAACCACAACUCGCGUCCCCGGCCCCCUCCCCAUACCCCCCUGCGCCCCCGCCCCCCGACCCCUCCGCGGAUGAGGCCGCACAACUUGCUCAACAACAAGCGCAACAACAAGCACAGCAACAAGCGCAGCAACAAACAUCCCCAGAGCACAUGCAAGUCGAGCAGCAGCUACAAAAUCAACCUCAGCCUCAACAACCAUCGCAAGACCAUCUAGACCGAACGCCAUGCUUCGUCACGCAACCUGACUUACAACAGCAAUACACGCCAUAUUUCAAAGAAGCGAGACCUGCGAGCCAUAUGCUCGGAACUGGUGGUUUUCCCUUACACUACCUAAAACAGAACGGCGGAGUCCUAUCGUUGGAGGGUCCACUUGACCAAUAUGCAACGGCGGACUUGCGCCACUUACCAGAUAUCGUGCAACCUGAACCACCGAAACCUCGGAAGCACAACCCAAAUACUGAGCUUCGUCUAUUCAAAUGCCUGACCUGCGGCAAAGACUUCAAACAGAAGUCCACCCUGCUCCAGCACGAGCGGAUCCACACAGAUUCCAGGCCAUAUGGAUGUCCAGAGUGCGGCAAGCGGUUCCGGCAGCAGUCCCAUCUGACGCAGCAUCUACGCAUCCACGCCAACGAGAAACCGUACGCGUGCGUGUACUGCCCGCGCUCCUUCCGCCAGCGGGCCAUCCUCAAUCAGCACCUACGCAUCCAUUCCGACGUUUCACCGCAUCUUAUCUUCAAGAACGGGACGACGCCGACUUUGUGGCCUCAGGAUGUACCAUUUCCACCGGAUGAGAACAAGGAAGAAGUUCAAUCGACUUAUGGCGACACAGAUGGUCAGAAUGGUGAACAACGAGGAUCUUGCUUUUCACCAGGAGAUACUGCACAGUAUCCUGCUUAUUUUAAAGAUACUAAAGGCCUCAACCAUGCCGUAUUCGGUUCUAGCCUUUCAUUGCAGUACCUAAAAGGAGGAAAACUGCCGGAUGUAUUAGGGGGACGUGCUAUGCCUUUGUAUGUGCGAUGUCCUAUUUGUCAAAAGGAAUUCAAACAGAAGUCAACAUUGCUGCAACACGGCUGUAUCCAUAUUGAAUCACGGCCUUAUCCAUGCCCCGAAUGCGGAAAACGUUUCAGGCAGCAAUCACAUCUUACUCAACACUUACGCAUUCACACAAAUGAGAAACCAUACGGCUGUGUGUAUUGCCCACGAUUCUUUAGGCAGCGAACGAUUCUCAACCAACAUCUUCGCAUCCACACCGGCGAAAAGCCAUACAAAUGUACGCAAUGCGGGAAAGAUUUCAGGCAGAAGGCUAUUUUAGAUCAGCACACGCGGACUCACCAAGGCGACAGGCCGUUCUGUUGUCCGAUGCCAAACUGCCGUCGCCGCUUCGCCACCGAACCCGAGGUGAAGAAACAUAUCGACAACCACAUGAACCCGCACGCGGCGAAGGCUCGGCGGGCGGACGCGAAGACCCCUCGGCCACUGCCGCCGGCCUCGGCGGUUGUGAAGCCGGAACUGUACUUCCCGCAGUGCUACGCGCCGCCGUUCCAGCAGUUCCCCACAGGCGGCGCAGGUGAGUUCAAGCCGGCGGUCGGUGGCGGCGUAGCUUGUCUGACGACACAGUGACCCGCGCCGCCGCGGUGGCCGCCGGCGCCGCCGCACGCCCCGCACGCGCCGCCCGCGCCCCUCGCCCCUCACUCGCACCACGCGGCCCUCGCCCAUCACGACCUCUACGUCUCCGAGCGGCUCUACAACUGAGGAGGAACACCAGUAUACGACUCUAACCCAUAGUAACGAAGUGUAUUGUUAGUCGGAUCGCUGUAAAACACGCUUCGAUCUGUAAAUAAUCAUUUAUAUAUCGAUGGUCCGUCGCGAAUGUACAGUUGACGAGUACGUACACCAUUCAUUGUGUUACCGUUCAGAAAGCGAGUAUAGGUAGCGUUUUUUGCCCCGUAAUAUUAAGUUACCACGUAAGAGUUAGGUUUGUCGGUGAUUCUUCUGUCGAUACGGACACAGAUCUGAUGAAAUCCGAGCGGAUCGAACCAGAGAUUAGAUUUAAAACUCUUCGUUGAAAUAUAAAGAAUUAAGAUUUUGCUCUUUUACCACUUAACAACAGUAUUUCGCGAUGAAUGCUUCCGGCGCCUCGUUGUGCCUAUUUGUAAUGAAUUAUAUAUACAUAUAUCUAGACGUUAUGUUAACUUUAUUUAGGAAUGUUAGGAUAUAAAAUCUGGCAGACGAAGUGUAAUGAAAACAUGAAUUGAUGAUCGAAACUUAAAAUUUUUAAUAAAAUUUAAAUUUGCUUAACAUUUUGACUACGAUGAGAAAAUUAAAUUAAAACAUAAUAAAUGAAAAUACAAACCAAAAAUUUAGGUUACCUUUUGCCAUCAAUACAUAUUUCUUUUAUUAGUAAGUACAAUAUACAAGAUUUUAUUUUAAAUGGAAACUUUUAACAUAGCAUAGCGUUUAUCAAUCAUCAGCUAACGUGUAGGUGCCAAAUAAUGUAAUUUCAAUUGCAGUGUAUUAAAGGCCUAGAUAAGGUUGUUACCAGUUUUUUCAACGAUAUGACAAUUUGAGAUGCAUUUAUAUGGACGUGAAAAGGGUCAGACUGAGAAAGGACUGUGAUAGCUAGGUAGGUUAGGCGUCUAUUUCGCUCACUUAGCAUUAAAAUUACGUAUUUUCUAUUAAAAUGUGUUCGAGGAAUCCCUUUUGGAGUCGAGUGAAUGUUUUGUGAGAUUCUGACUUAUCUUUUUGAUUGUACUAUUAUUUCGUUUUAACCUCAAUCGACUCGUUAAAAAUUGAAGUUAGUAAUGUGUGUUGUAUUUUAAAUUUCGAAUUUGUUUUGACCGACUGCGCUCUCCGCCGUUCGGCUGUAGCCUGUACGACUGAUUUGAUGAUAUAAAUAAUAAAAUGAGUGAGAUUAGCGAAUUUUACCAGGUAACAUGUGUGAAGACGGCAAGUGAUUUUGGAUGUUGGAAAGGAAAGUGAAAAUGCCAGAGAAAGUUUUAUUAAUUUUAGCUUAGAUUACCAUUCGAAUUACCAAGCAAUUCGACCAUUCAUCGCGAAAUAAUCUUAAACCUAGAGAAAUAAAUUUAUAUAUGAAUUGUAAAAACUUAUUCGAAUGUUUUGGUACUGGGGGAGGCCUCAUUUUUGUCGCGUCCACAAUAGAUACAGAUUACUCGGAACAGCACAUUUAUUUCAUUAUGUAUGACAUGUAUGUAAAGCCAAUUUUAAAUGAGAUGAUAUAUAAAAUAUAUCAACUUGAUAACGUAUUGUUAUAGAACACUUUCGUCGAGUCUCAACGACUAUAAACUACAUUCAGUAUCAGAAUAUUCGAAUAGAGACGGCGUUUUAUCAUCUCUGUUUUAUGAUAGCUUAUUUUAUGAUAUUAUUUUAAUGGUUUCUUUUCCUACAGCAUAAGGGAUGUUACGUAUUAGUAGUGUUAUAGCAUGCAAGUGGGAGCAUUGAAGUCACAACAAUCAGAUACCAUUUAUAUUAUUUACUACUACACAGUGUUUUCAGUUUUGUUUUACAAUUAUAUAUAUUGAAGUCACAAAAUCAACGUAUUGGACAGUUAUAUGAAAAAUUCUGUUUGUCAGUUUUGGCGCCAAUAUUAAUGAAAGUUAUCGUAACAGCUAACAGACACCUUCAAGGCUGAUUGUUCAACUAUGUUAUUUGACAGAUGACAGUUAAUGUCUUCAUUUGUUGGUUUCAAAAUUGCCAAACUAAGCCGAUAUACUUAUGUUUCUGAUUAAUUUUCCUAUCAAACUUUUGGAGGUUUACAAUCUUAAAAAAAAACAUCAUUAUCGAAGAAUAUUGAAUACCGUUAUCUUCCGUGACUAGAAUUUUCCACAGCAUUUAAUGUGAUCCUCCUAAGGACCUAUGUACCGCUCCCGACUCCCGAGGUUUACAUAUACAAUAGACUAGGAAUCAGUUCAGAAUAGUUUUAAUUUUCUUAUCUGACCGCGACGAAAUGAUGUUCCGAGGAAAUGAAAAUCAUCAAACUACAGACAACUUUUCAUUCCAUUUCAUCAGCGUCAAGUAAAAGUUCAGUUUCCGAACGAAUACAACAACCGAUUGACGUCUCGGUCAGAUAAUUAAUAUUGAAACUUAUAUAUUUUUAAUUAUACCUACCACAAUACAACAGCCUUACAAUAAUAGCUAUAAGUAUUUUUAUACAAUUUAAGGUAAAUAUUUCUGUUAUCGCCGUCGGGAGCGGCGCUUGGGCCGUAGUAAGUUUGAAUACAAACACAACACAGUGCCAUAGCCGAGAAAUAACCUCAAAUUUAUACUUAUUAGAUUUUUAUACCGAAUACAAAUGGAUUUAAUUUUUAAAUAUAAAAAGGUGAUUAAGUAUACAGAGAUUAAAGAUGAUAUUUUAUACAUUUAUUACAAACAAUAUUAUUAAAGGUAAAUGUGGAAUAGACUUAAAUUAUAGUGUCGUAUUGCAAAGUGCUAAGUACCUUACUUAAGUAACUUGAGAAACAGGUUUUUGUAAGUUAUGAGAGACGCGUCGCGAGUGGUGGAAAAUUGAUAUGAAUAUUACGCGUUCAAUUUUUCUCGACUUUUCCGUUGUCUCGAAUAUAUAGGGUACGUUGAUUUUAAUGGUUUUAGCGAUGUUUUUUCAGCGUGUUUAUUGUAAGUACAUAUCACAGUUACACAGGCAGUGUACCAGCUCAACCUCCUUAUUCUGGUUUGUGCUGUAGUCGAGUACUGGUCAUUGUUGAAAUUAUUUACCGCACUCGAUGAACCAGAAUAGGAAUCCUUUACGAAAGUGUCUCUUAAUGAUUAUAUUCCGAUGUGUUUUGUUAGUAUUGCUCACUGAUCCGUUACGUUUUGCUCAAUUACUCGUGUAUGUAUAUUGUAUUGUAUACCGUUACUCGUCUUAGUUUGUUACAUCUUCUAUGUAUCUUUUAAUAUAUUAUUUUUUGUAUAAUACUUAAUAGAGAGCACGGUUUUGCUUUUCUUAUGAUACUACUUGUUGAGAGCUUGAGUUAUUAUUGUCAGUGACAUUCUUGUUUCAUCACAACAAUCCCGAACACCAUAUCGUUUGGACAGUACCUACUAAAGCUGGCGUCUGGUGUCAGUCAAAGACUGCAUUGACUCCGCUUCGUAUUUGUCUGCCGUCCGAUAAUCUUUCGUCACCGGCUCGAUGGCAAUACAAGUUCUUUCGAUUAUUUUAAUUAGCAUAUCGUUUGCUUCAACCGAUACCACUGACAUUUAGUUAGGUUCGUAUCAUGUUCCUAGCCUUUAAUACGUAAAAUUUAUUUAUAAAUCGUCCAACAUUGAAUGGUAUGCCGUUCAGUAAUGGCGAUUCGAAUGUAUUAUAUUUUGAUUCUCGCUGCGCUUUUCUCUAACAAAUGGAAUCAAAUUCCUUUACUUUUAUAUACUCCGCUUUAUAAACCUAAUAUUAUGAAUAUUUCUGCAGACCGAGCAGUUUUAAUAUAGUCGAGUGCUCCCAAUUAUAUAUCUAUACCUAUUUUAAGUUGUUAACGAUUAAAAGGAGAGAAUAAGAUUGCAUUGUGGAUUAUAUACUUUGCAUAAAUACUUAUUAUAUUAUUGAGAGAGCGUCAAUUGUAUCUAAUACAAUAAUAGAAGUGCUUGGCCAGUGCGUGGCUACGAAAAUAAUUUAGUUGAUAGAUUUGGAACGCAUUGGUUGCGAUGUCUCACUGGUUGACUACCAGCGCUUUUGGGAAAAAUAGAUUUAAAAAAAAACACGAUGCUGAUGUGGAAUCUUUUAUUAUAUAUGUAGAAUAAAACACUCUUUGGCUUAUUAUAAUGAUAAAUAUUAUUUUCGGUAGAUACAUUGUGGUAGUCAGCUAGUUCCGAUUCCUUUGUACUAAAAUGCAUUUAUUAGUGAUCUCAGGCAUUGAAUACCUAAUUAAUAAGAUUUGGCAAAUAUUAAAUAAGAAUGUGUUUCCAAACUGUUUAUAUUAUAGCAUUUAAUUUUUAAAAUAUAUUGUAUAAUGGCUGCAAUAAGAUCAGAAUAUUCAAAUGUAAUAAAAAAGCUAUAUUGCACCUGUAAAUACAAAAUGCAGUCAAAAGGAAAUUGAUCGAUUACAGAAUAUAUCAAAGAUGGCGUAAAUUCUUUUUUAUUUUUUGUCUGUAUUAAUGAAAUUCGAAUAAAAAAAAAUUAAGAAAAAAUCGAUCAAUUUCUAAGUUCUAUAUUAUAAUAUAAUUAUAAACAUUGUGCAUGCAGUAUGACAGAAUAAAAACCCACAGAAUUUAUUAAUUUGUACCAACUGUAUCGGAGAAAAUAUUACUUUUUCGAACAUAAUAUUUUCACACAACCAUUGAGAAUCAAAAUGUGGGUGUGUAUUUUUACAUGCACAAUUAUAUGGUAACCCUUAAAUCGAAUGUAAUUUAAAUUAUCUAUAUUAUAAUAAUAUCGAACCAACCACGCGUAGUGAUGUAAAACGGAUUGUAUUUUUUGAAAGUUGGCUACGAAUUAUUUUAAUCGUCUUCCAUUUUUAAAGUAGUUUUAUGAAUUUUUUAGAUCUUUCUACUGUUUUGCGAUACUUUUCGGUUCAACCGUUACUUGCAAUCAUUCGAAUUGUCGCAGUGACUGCGGUUUAGUGCAAUACACUUUUAUUUCAGUUAUAUUGUAUAUUAUAUGUUAAAAUAGUUAUUUUUUUUGUGAUUGUACAGUAGGUUUGCAAAUAAUUGGUAGCCAACACGGACGGCUUAUUAUUUUUGAUCGGGUGCGAUCACCGAGCUACACUGCCACACUCGCCGACCGCUGUCACAAAUAUUAUUAACAAAUAAUUAAUUUUUAUCACAAUAGAGACUUGUUGAAACAGUUCCACGAUAAAAUAAGAGUUGUUGAAUUUUUUAUAAAAAAGUAAAACAUAUUAGAUAUAUGAUCUUGUAGUCUGGAUUGAGUUUUUUUUACAGAUUUUAUUAGAUUCAACACUUAAGUUGCGCCGCCUAUUUAGC